GUCCGUCGUCGGAAUGUCAAUAACAGUUUUGAAUCUUCUGUUUUCGCGCCAAGUUUUUGAUUCGUUUGUGAAGUUUGGAAAUUGUACAGCGUAAUGGAGUUCUCGCGUCGCAGUCGGUUGCGCUUGGAGGACGAAUUCAAUGAAGAUGCCGCUCUGGAAGGGCUGAUUUGCCACAACGUUGCCCUGUACCUGCUGCCUCCGAUGGUGGACCUGGCCAUCGAGGACUUUGAAACGCUCGCGCUGGAGCGACUCAAGCUGCUGCGCAUCUUGGAACAAGCCACAGCCAAGAACGUCAAAAUAGGCUCGGACGAGGGCCGCGAGUCGAUCCUGAACGAGAUGAACCACGCCGAGCUGAAGGCGUACGCGCGGCUCUGCACGGGAAACCGAAACACCGACCUGGACAUGGAGGCCCGUCGGAGGGACUACGUGUCGCACUUUAUACUGCGGUUCGCGUACUGUCGGUCGGAGGAGCUUCGCAGAUGGUUUGUCACGCGCGAGAUGGAGCUGUUUCGGCUCAAGUUCUCCGGUCUGUCCUCGCAGGACGUGGCCGACUUUAUCGAGGAGUUUGACAUGGAUUACACACCGCUGACGGCGGAUGAGCGUGCCGAGGUGAAGGAGGGGUUAUACGAUAGUACCGGGUAUCAGACGGUUUCCCAGAUCGAUACGAUGGACUUUUACAAGGUUCCGUUUACGGACGUGCUGGAUUUGGUCCGUGGCCAGCGGUGCUAUCUGAAGGAAGGGUACGCGUACGUUAGCGCGGGAGAUUUCGUGUCGGUUAUUGGGAACAAGCACCAGGAGUUGCUGGAGGAAGGUCUGCAGGCACAUUUAAGGCUGUUGCCAGAGUUGGAGAAUGACGAGCGGUUCGCGUCGCUGUUGAAGGGGCUGCACACGUCGUACACGGGCAAGGACUAUACGAUCGCGAAGAAUGGCGAAGUCCCGAUCGAGAGUUUGGACCAGCUGUCGAAGAAGUCGUUCCCGUUGUGUAUGCGAAUGUGCCACGACACGCUGAGGUCGACCCAUCACCACAGACAUGGUGGUCGUAUGCAGUACGGACUGUUCCUGAAGGGAAUCGGCGUUACGCUGGAGGACUCGCUUCGCUUCUGGCGCGAGGAGUUCACUCGUGGUACGGUUGCGUUGGACAAGUUCGAGAAGGAUUACGCGUACAACAUUCGGCACAACUACGGCAAGGAAGGUUCCCGCGUCAACUACACUCCGUACUCCUGUAUGAAGAUCAUCAUGUCCAGCGUGGGACCGACAGAUACGCACGGCUGCCCGUUCAAAAUCUGGGACCCGUCCGUGCUUCAAACCAAACUGGGCUCGUACGGUCUGGGGGCAGCUCACGCGGAAGAAAUCGCCGGCUUCGUGAGCAAGGGCCACUACCAGGUCGCCUGCAGCAAGUACUUUGAAGUGUCACACGGUCUCCCCCUCGAGGAAGGCAUCAACCAUCCGAACCAGUACUUCGAGCUCAGCCAGAUCAAAAUGGGAGCGCGCGCGGCACCCGCCAAACCGAAACCAACGCCGAGUCGACGACCGGUGAACCACAACGGCACAGCCAGUCAGCAGGACGAAACGAUGCUGGACACGCAGGACACGGAAGCGCUGAACGAGGACGACGACGACGAGCUGUGGCAGCUGAUGGAGACCAAGGAGUCGGGGGUGGAGACGAAGCCGAUCAAGCAGCAGAAUGGUCACGUUCCGGAGAAGUUGGAGCUGGAGGGAAUAAAGCCGUUGAACGGCGUGGUGGCGGCAGCGCUGCACUGGGAGGACGAUGAGGACUUCGAUGUGAGCCAGAUGGAGACCGAGUAGGGAUUGGGUGAGUUGUUUUUGGCUGGAAUUAACAUUCGUAGGAUCCUCAUUAAAAAUGUUUUGUAUAUCA